AGCAUAUUCAAAACAAUCAUAAAUUAAAAUCUUGCAAUAGCGGGAUUUUAAUGAUUAUUAUAUAUAAGCUAAGUUAUUUUUUUGCUUUAUAAUAUCAACCGUCUGAAAGUAGUUUUCGCUUCUCUCUCAGAAAGUUGAAUUUUAUUACUAUUAAAAUAUUAUCAAUUUGAUUGUUACAUAUAAAAACACAAUGACCUCUAAAGCUAUAAAAUUGGGUUCAUACUUGAAGGAAAUUCGCAUACACUUAUGUCAAAAAUCAAACGAAAGUUCAGGAAUAAGAGAAUUUAUUCGCAAGCAUUAUGUACCAAUCAAGAAGCUAAAUCCAACAUUUCCUAUUUUAAUUCGUGAAUGUGAAGGCAUUGAACCUCGAAUAUAUGCCAGAUAUGAUUUUGGUAAAGAAACUAGCAUAUCUCUCAGCAACAACAAAAGUGAUGAAGUAUUAGAAGUGUUAAGAAAAUUAACAAAUGCAUCAUCAUGAUAAAUUUAUUGCUAGUAAUCAAAGAACUGUAGCAACUGCUUAAUGACACUGAGAUUUAUGGAUUCAAUAGAUUAAAAUAUAUUAUUUAUUAAUAA